UUUAUGAUCUCACGAAAUCUCGUUUACCGCCUUUAAUUUACGGGCCGUUAUAUAAACAAAUACUUUACGUGUCACUUUUUCGUAUUGUCAUGUUUAUAUCGGCGGUACCUUUAUAGCUGACAAGAAUGAGAAUAUGACCUAAUUACCCCCUGGGGAGACGGAUGGAAGAAAACAGUUAUUUGUCACGUGACCUAAAACGAGAUUCGUGAGCAGCCAUAUUCGGCGAGUUUCUUCAGCAGUUGUAACGUUCGGAAAUAUGUUAUUUGGAGUAUGAGGAAACAUGUAAUCGUCUCCUGACGAGGAACUUGUCGAUUGUUGUGUAUUCGCCAUAUUUUAGACCCGCAUGAGCAAGUUUAGGCGUUAACGUAGCAGAACAUCACAAUGAUUAUUGAAAAUCUGGAUGCUUUCAAAGUGUGGCUAUCGAAAACACUGGAUCCAAUCUGUGAUGCAGACCCAUCCACCUUAUCUCGCUAUGUAUUGGCUUUGGUCAAGAAAGAAAAGUCAGAACUUGAACUCAAGGACAUCUGUAUGGACCAGCUUGAUGUCUUUUUGCAGUCAAAAACAAAGGCAUUUGUAGAAACACUGUUCACUGCAUUGAAAUCAAAAUCCUACCUGGCAUCUAUAGUGCCUGAUACUGUCAACAACACACCUGCAGUCAUUACAGUCCCCAGUCAGACAACCAACAACUUGCCGACCAUACCACCAGAAGCUGACAAGAAGAAAGACAGGCCAGAAAAACAGAUAUCUGAUGAUGGCAGUCGGGACAAUUCCAAGAGAAGACGAUCUCGAUCGGCAAGUCCUAGAUCUAGAGGAAGAGACAUGCGAGAUGAUCGGAGACAUCGCUAUGACCGGUCUAGAUACUCCCCUGAAAGAGGGCGCUACAGUAGAAGACGCAGCAGAACGCCCAGCCCUCGGAGAAGAGACAGACGGUCACCUCCGAGAGGUCGUGGCCGAUCACGUGAUAGGUCUAGAAGUCCAAGGUCGAGGUCACGGUCUUGGAGCAGAAACAGAUCUCGAUCCCGGUCAAGGUCAAAGGGCCGCCAGCCAGACAGUCGGGGAUCAACUCCCACCCUGGACAAUGGCCGAUACUCAAAUGCAAGUGCCAUCCCAACCAUUCAGAGUGUAGCAUCAUCAAUUGCCCAUGCAGACAAGCAGCAGCAAGGAGACACACCUCCUUCCGGGCCGCCGGGACCCCCCGGCCCACCUGGCCCACCUGGCCCACCUGGGUCCCGACCUAGAUGCAGAGACUAUGAUGAAAAGGGAUUUUGUAUGCGUGGUGACCUCUGUCCGUUUGACCAUGGCCUUGACCCUGUUGUUGUGGAGGACAUAGCUAUACCUAACAUGUCCAUUCCUCCACCAUCUCUCGGAGGACCGCCACCAACUUCCGGACCCGGCUCUGGCCCACGUCCCCCUCCCCCAGGACCUGGAGGUAGAGGGGCGCCGCCUGGACCGCCACCUGGACCACCCCCAGGACCACCACCGCCACCUCCACCAGGUGUACCUGGAGGCCCACGGUUCCCACCUCCCCCGGGCCAAGGGCCUCCUCCCCCUCCCGGUCCCCCACCCCCAGGAACUAUGGGGACAAGACACAUGCCAUCCCACCCACCAAGGACAGGGCCUGGUGGUGAGGGUUACAAUCCAGACGCUCCUGCACUCACUUCUCGUCCACCUCCAGGUUUCUGGGGAAACCAGCGGGGUCCUCGUUCCCAAGCACCUUUCUUCAACCCCCAGGCACAGAGACAGAGGGAUCUUGUCCAGGUCCCCACCCUCCCCGAGUCCCCACCAGAAGAACUGGAAGGAAAGCAUGAGACGAUGUCCAACUCCCCGCCACAUCCCACUGUGUCAUCAAGAGUGGUGAUUCCUCAGAAGCGCACCCAUGGAAUGAUGGAGGGUUAUGGGCGGGGCCGGGGGCGGGGCAGAGGAUACAUGUCUCCAGCAAAGAAACCAUUUGACUAUGGAAGGCUAGGAGGUUUCAGACGACAAUAUAAUAAUGAAAAUGCUACUCUGGAAGUACGAAAAGUCCCACAGGAAUUCAACAACAUUGCCAAACUGAACGAGCAUUUUGGAAAGUUUGGAACACUUGUUAAUGUUCAGAUUUGCUUCGAGGGAGACCCUGAGGGAGCUCUAGUGACGUUCAGCAACAAUGGUGAAGCUCAUGCUGCCUAUAAGAGCAGUGAGCCGGUGUUCAACAAUCGUUUCAUCAAGGUGUUCUGGCACAAGAAGAAGGAGAUGGAGAAACCCGUGGAGACGGAUCCGGAGGUGCUCAAGGCUCAGAAUAUACAGAAGCAUGAGCAGCAGCAGCAGGAGAAUCUCAAGCAGAAGGUCCUUGUUACGUUCUCAACCACCCAAGAAAGUUUACCAACACCCGACCAGCUCCGCAUCCCAGCUCGAGCCCGUCUCGGUGUACCACCAGCCAGUAAACUCAAGUUGAACAACUCAGGGACAAAAAACCCUGAAUCACCAAUAGACAAGGGUAUUGUGUACACAUCAUCCGUUGGCAACCUGAAGAAGACAGUAUUCAAUGCAGAAGCCCUGAAGCACACCAAGGCCUCUCUCUCAAGUCCAACAGCGGUCAAUACUGCGGACUUUGUGACCAAAAUUGAGGCCAUCAAGAAGGCAGAAGGGUUGAAAAAGGAGGCUGCCAAGAAGCGGCUGGAGAUUCAGCAACAGAAGCAGGAGCUGCUGAAGAAGCAGAUAGAGCAACAGAAGAAAUUGAUUGAAAAGAUGGAGAAGAACAAAUCAAUGAGCGUUGAAGACAAAAGUGCUAUCAUGACUACUCUAAAAGCUGUGUCUGGCUGCAUAGACAAGCUGAAGAUGGAGCUAAUGCCCAAGAUGGGGGGAAUGUCGCUGGUGAGGAGCCCUGAGCAGCAUUCUUUACAACAGGCUCGGCGUGAGAUCCUAGACACUGAGCUGGAGCUGAUGACGAAGACGGGGAAUGGAGAAGACACAACACUGCUGAAGAAGAAGUUGAUGGAACUUACCCGGGAGGCAACUGCCAUGGGUCUCCUGGACAGCAAGGGAAGGGGAAGGGGUCGAGGCCGCGGCAUGGUCACAAGAGGAGUUGGUCGAGGUCGAGGCUCGUGGAUGGGGCGUGGGAGAGGGAGAGGAGCUGCAGCUGGCAGUCUGUCGUUAGACAAACGCCCAAGGACGCUUCAGAUCAAGGGAUUUGAUCUGGAGGAAAAGGAAGAGAUCAAACAAUUUUUCAGUCAGACCUGCAUGACCGAGAAAGUGGACUACAAUGAUGACAUUCCAAGUGCAAUAAUUACAUUCUCAACCAGGAAGGAUGCAGAGAAAGCCAUAAGUCGAGGAAACAAGUACCAGAAGCCUCUGAAUAUACAGUGGUUCACUCCACUGCUGAGGACUGUCAGCGUAGUCAGUGAUGACAGUCUGUCCGGAGCUUUGGAGGAAGAUGAUGAAGAUGAGAGUCAGGUUGAGGAAGAACUGGAUGAAGCAGGACUGCUGGGGGCAGACGAUGAGGAGGAGGAGGAUGAAGAGUCUCGGUCGUGGAGGAGGUAGUCUUCAAGAAAGGUCAAGGCCAAAUGAAAAAGUUGGAGAAGAAUCGGGAGGUGGUGAAGAAGUGCAGCUGAAUUGUUAUUACUUACUGAGUCCUAUUUUGUACUAGACCACAUGACCACAUGCAUGCACACAUGGACACCUAAACUACAUGCAUGCAAAGACACCUGCUUAUAAACUGCUCAGCUUUGGACAGGGACACUGUUAUUUUUCAUAGUAUUUUUGAUGCAUUUGGGGUAUGCAGUAACAAGAGGGAUGUCCCUAUGAAGUGUUCAGUAGGAUAUGAGUAGUCAUGCACUGACACAUUCACACUCUGGCAUCCAUGUAAGGACACUUCGCUCGUCACGCCGAAGACCUGGGUUCGAUUCCCGACAGGUACAAUGUGUGAAGCCCAUUUCUGGUGUCCCCCGCCGUGAUAUUGCUGGAAUAUUGCUAAAAUCGGCGUAAAACCAUACUCACUCACUCAUGUAAGGACACAUGCAUAUGUGAGUGUCCUGACACAGCUACAUGCAGAUGUGUCUGCAACCACAUGCAUUCAAGUGUACAUUUAGCCCAGUCUUCUGGAAACCCUGCUUUCAUGAUGAUCACUGCUGGGAACAUCUACGUGUAUACAAAGGGACGUGAUACUCAGAAAAUUUGUUAUUCAAACUGGGAAUGGAACACUUGGGAAAAUAGGGUUUCGCUGUAUUAAUAAGCAUCUCAACAUGGACUUAAACAUUGCAUUAACAUACUGCUUGAACAGUAAUAACACAUGCAAGGAUGAUAAGAUCAUUUGCAUUCAUUAAACCUGUAACAGAAACUAUGUGACUUUAUUUGGAUCUCUUGCAUGACGAAGUACCUAGGCUUACUAGUCACUUUCAUUUUCACUGUCUUGAUUCAUUUGUGUAUAACAACAUUAUUUGAAUGUGUGGGGGAUAAAUGGUUGUAUUUGUGAGAAAAAGAAAAUUAUAGUCCCGUUUCUUGUAUGUAAGGAUUGAAGAGUGAGGUGCCUUUCAGUGUUUGGAAUAGAAUCAGUAAUGGAUGGACAAAAUGUUUUCAUAUGUAGUCUCAGUUAAUGUUGGACUAGAAGAUGGCAACAAAGUCGUGAUCCUGCAUCUCAGUGAUUAGCCAUACUAAGCCAGGUAAUGGAUGAGCUAGGCCUAGGGUAAGACCAGUCAAGGCAUGUGCAGGACUUCGUGUAAGCUGGGUCAAGGCAUGUGCAGGACCCAGAGUAGCCCGGGUCAAAGGAUGUGCAAGGACCUCGUGUAAGCCCGGUCAAUGUAUCAGCACGACCCUGUGUAAGCUUGGUCAAGGUAUGCGCACGACCUUGUGUAAACCAGGGUCAAGGUAUGUGCAGGACCUUGUGUAAGCCCGGUCAAGGGAUGCGCAGGACCUCGUGUAAGCCGGGUCAAGGGAUGCGCAAGACUUCGUGUAAGCCCGGUCAAGGGAUGUACAGGACCUCGUGUAACCCCGGCCAAGGGAUGUGCAGGACUUUAUGUAAGCCCGGUCAAGUUAUGUACUGGACCUGGUGUAAGCCCGGUCAAGGGAUGUACAGGACCUCGUGUAAGCCCGGUUAAGGGAUGUACAGGACUUCGUGUAAGCCCGGUCAAGGGAUGUACAUGACCUCGUGUAAGCCCGGUCAAGGGAUGUACAGGACCACGAGUUAGCCUGCUCAAUGGAUCUCUGUAGUUUAUGAAUUACAACGAAAAUAGACAUUGUAAUUUGUGCUAUGUGCUGGCAAGGUUAACAUGUAUUUUAGAAAGAAGAUGGAUUGAAUGUGAUAAAUCAAGGUUGUUGAAACCUUAGUGGGGCAAUGCACAGGUUGAUUGCAGAAGCAUUCAAACUGUUAGCUUAUUUUGUAAAUGUUUCCAAGUGCCUUUCAAGAGGGUUGUUUUUGUAAUGUAGACACUGAGGAGAUAUUGCAACCACAAAUGUCUUUUAUUCUGCCAGAGUUGUUUAGUGAACUGCCAGGGUUUGGUGGAGAUGUUUUCAUAUUAAGUUCCUAUCAUGUGAACACUAUUAUCAGUACAACUAAUUUAUGUUUUGUAUAUUAACGAACACAUAUAAAUGUGACUGUCUUCUGAGAAAUCAAAACUGGUAAAAAUACACUUUUUUGAGACAAUAUCAGAAAAUUAUUUUAUACAGGUUUGAAGUAUUUUAUGCAGGAAAUGUUACACAAAUAUCUUAAACCCUUUCCAUAUGAUUUUAGUGGGGCAUGUUUAGGUAAUAUGAUUUUGUACGUUUUUAUUUAAGUAAUAUGUUGCUUUGCUUGUUGAUACCAUUCGCAUCUUUGUGUACAGCUGUGUAACUGUAAAUGAGGUUUGUGUGUGUGAGUGGAGGAAGCAAGUGUGUACUCUUUGAAUUGUUGAUUUUUGUUCAUAUGAGCAGUAUUGAGUAUGACAUCUUCAUCUAUUGUGCAUUUGUUUUGUAAUUUAACGUUUACAUUGAUGUGUACAUUGUAAAACUACACAAUUGUCAUCUGUGAAAUUUCUUCAACAUUGUUUGCAUUUGAAAAGAAGAAAAUCAAUAUGAGCCAAGACUGGAAAGAAAAAAAUGAAAACAAACGUUGAUGGCAAAAAAGAAACAUAUCCAGUCUAAGAAAAAAUGAGAAUAUGCAUACAAUGUUGAAAAAAAAUAUUGUAAUGUACAUAUAUGUGGAAAAUGAAAACACUGUUCAUAAAAUCAUAAUAAAUGAAAAGAUGUGGACACAAACCACCACCCAAAAAACAAA